AUGCAUCUCUCAUCAUGUCUGGUCUUCAUUGCCGGCAUCUCAGGCGUGCACGCCUUUUAUCCAUGGGAAUUGCGGAUGAAACUGUCCAUGGAAACAACAGUCGAACGUCGCUUUGUUCCAUGGACCUUGAUUGAAGCCAAAUCCGAAAGUACCGAUAGCACCGACAGCAUCGACACAUCCAGCACAACCGACACAAAACCCUGGACUCUUGACCUGAAGAAAAUACCCGUUCGCCGCGACGAUGGCUAUAAAAUUGUCGAGUCCCACAAGCCGUCGUUAUCAAACAGUGCACCGUUGAAUCAGGACGGAACGGAUUAUUCAUAUUUCUCCCCCGUCUACGUAGGUUCUCAAAAGAAGGAAAUGUGGAUGGCAAUCGAUACUGGAGCACCCAAUACCUGGGUCUUUGACUCGAAUUGCACUGAGCCUGUCUGCGAACGUCACCACAAGUUCGAUCGGUCAGAAUCAACCAGCUAUACUACCGACGGUUCGACUUUCAGCCUCUUUUACGGGAGCGGCAGGGUCGACGGAAAGAUGGGGAAAGACACCAUCUCAAUUGCAGGGCUUGAAGUCUCGCAAACUUUCGGUCAAGCCAACAACGCCUCGGAAACAUUUCAAAGUUACCCAUUCGACGGCAUCCUUGGCCUGGGUCGGUCGCAUACUGAAGGGUGGAAUUUGCCAUCCUUCAUGGAUCUUGUGGCUGACAAAAAGCUCAUCAAGUCAAACCUGGUUGGAUUCAGCCUCUCUCGCUCGGCAGACGGUGGUAAGGAUGGUGAAAUCAACUUUGGUAAUGUCGAUACAACCAAAUUUGAUGGGACCAUUAAAUACACUGCCACCAACGGCAAAAUCUGGAGCAUCCCCGUGGAUGAUGCUUAUGUGAAUGGAAAAAAUGCCAAGAUCCUGUUUUCUCUCGUCCCAGAUGCCUCUCAACAGCCUUCCAACAAAAACAACUAUUUGAUCCCAUGUAACUCGACUGCUACCAUUGAGUUCGAGUUCUCCGGUGUCAAAUAUAACGUCUCUCCCAAGGAUUAUGUCGGAAAUCCCGAGUCAGAUGGUUCGGACUACUGCAUUUCGACCAUUGUCGGCUAUGCAUCCAACGGUGCCAACUGGCUAGUCGGCGAUGUUUUUUUGAAAAACGUUUACACUGUGUUCGACUUUGACAAUGGAAAAAUCGGUUUCGGCGCGCUUGCUUCAGCCUCAGCCUCAGCCUCAAAGUCGAACUCAACCUCAACCUCAACCUCUUCAACCCCAUCCGCGGGCAAUGGGACAUUUACCCCACCGCCAGUCACUACAUCGUCAGCCACCUCCACAAUGGCCACAGUCUCCGACAGCUCCGCAUCCCACUUCGUCCGCGGCAUUAGCUGGUCUAUGUUCACGGUAAUGCUUGGCGCAUUCGUUAUUUGA